GAUCAUCCAUGCUUGAUGACUUCCUACAGUCACCACUAUACAGGGUGCUGGUUAUUUGCUUACUCCCACAGACUUGAUACAUGACAAGUUGUCCACAGGAAGCUUCAAAAGAUGGUACAUGACAUCAAGACAAAUGAAAGUGGGAUAAUAAACAAAUUCAAAAAGUUCCAAAAUGAACAAGUGGCCUUAAUUUGCAAAACUGGGAAAGAUACUUGGGAUCGGCUAAAAAAAAAACCUCCACCAAGUCUACCAAAACGGGAUUAUGCUUCAGAACAUGCAGACAAUGAAGAGGAACAAUGGUCAGAUGAUUUUGACAGUGAUUAUGAAAAUCCAGAUGACCACUCUGACUCUGAGAUGUAUGUGGUCCCCAAUGAAGAGAAUCCUGAUGAUAGCUAUGAGCCGCCGCCAAGUGAACAGAAGAAAAAGAAGAUUCCCUCUGCAUUCCCUAUUUCUAGGGGUGAAUAUGCAGACAAUCACACUAGUCACCAGCAGCUUCCUCCCAUCAACAAAUUUCUCCCAAGUACAUCCAGUCCAGCCAUGUCCAGGCCAAAGAAACCAUCUGUGCCAUCCCUGCCAUUGCCAUCUCCUGCUGCAAAACCAAAAGUGCCACUGAAGCCUAAGGAGUGUAGUGACGAUGAGGAUAAUUACAUUGUGCCAGUGGACAAUGAUGAUGAUAACUAUAUUGAACCCACAGAAAGCAGCACAUCACUACCUACCAAAUCUCCUGUGAACAAAUUCCUGAAGACAACAAAGCCAGACCCCCCUACUUCUCCAAAGCCUUCUCUUACUUCUGAUAUGCAAGAAGUCUAUGAGGUUCCUGAAGACAAGGAAAAAACAUCACCACCACUGAUGACCAGGUUCACUAAGCCACUUCCCGCUAUGCCUGCUCAGAAUACAGAGCACUCCCACAUGCACAGUAUGACCAGAGAGUCACCUAAGCUGGACACUUCUAGAAAUAUUUUGCCUCUUCCCAGAAACCGUCUGCAUCCAAAAGCAGAUCAUGAAGCAAAAAAUAAUGAUGACAGUCAUAGCUUCAGUACCACACAAGAAUCCAUAUUUCCCACUGGAGCAGCUCCAUCUCCAUUACCAAGGGGCCUAAAGAAAACUUCUAGUGCAGUAAAUUCACCAAAACCGUGUUUACCUUCCAGAAAGACCUUAACUGCAAAUGAAGAAAAACCUACAGCAGCAGAACAACGACGAGGUUCCAGCCAUGAGCUUCCGCUUCCACCCCUUCCAAGUGGUUCCCAGAAGUCUUUGCUCCAAAAGUCCUCAGUUCUGCCAAAAGUGCCAGAAGCUGCAAACCGUUCCCUGGGUACUUCCUCUCACAGCAGCAUUUCAUCCAUUUCAAGUACCGCAGACCAGUUCCUCUCAUCCUGUCUUCUUCCAAUGAAUAGUGUGACUGGAGAAAUACAUGGAAGAAUUUUGGAGGAUGCCGGUGUUCAUAGUAAAGCAUGGUAUGCUGCUACCUGUGAUAGGAAAAUGGCAGAGGAUGCAUUACACCGAUCAAACAGGGAUGGAUCUUUCCUAAUAAGAAAGAGUUCUGGACAGGAUUCACGGCAACCAUACACACUGGUUGUGUUUUACAACAGAAGAGUAUAUAACAUUCCAAUACGAUUUAUUGAAUCAACAAGACAAUAUGCACUGGGCAGAGAAAAAAAUGGUGAAGAGCGCUUUGACAGUGUUGCUGAAAUAGUAGAGAAUCAUCAGCGCACCUCUCUGGUUCUGAUUGACAGCCAAAACAACACAAAAGACUCAACAAAACUGAAACACAUUGUAAGAGUUUCUUAAUCAAACUGACCUGCGAAAAUGAAGACUUUUUAAAUACUUUCGUUCAACAUCCUAAAACAUGCGGAUCAGGUAUUAAAAGAAGAAAAUCCAAAAUGAUGGAAAAUACUUCUUAAGAACACUUACUGAGUAGUAAGAGAUGCAGUUCAUAAAGUUCAACCCCAUACCACUUUUAUCAGAAAAGCACUGGUAUUUAACACAAGAAGCCACAGCAGAUACACUGUGAUUUCCAUCUGUGACAACAGGGAUACUCAAAAUUGUGUGAAGAACUACUGCAUAGCACAGCCAGGGACUUUGACUGCUAUUUAAAGAUAGGUUUCCUGUAGGACAUUUUCACUCUAAAAAUGAGAAUGCUCAGAGUGAUCUACUCUUUCCAUUUCUUAACUUUACUACAGAUCACUGCCUUCAGCAAUUUCUUUGUAAAGUGCACAACCCCAGGAACUAGAGCAACUGGACCUACUGUAUUGCGAUGUAUGAACUGAAAACAGGAUUGUACUUCAUGUGAUUAGUGGCUAUAAAGCUGUCCAAAUGUUUUAGAUUAAUGGACAUGUGUUGUCCUCUUCCUUGCCUUGACUCCAUUAAUAUUUUUGUUUGUAUUUUCAAAUGU